GGCGUUCUGAGGAGGAGGAGGUGGGGAGAGAAAACUUUUCGCUGAACCGGCACAUACUUUGGCGAAGUUGAGAUCCCAAAGGCGAGAGAGAGAGCCGGAAAAAGCAUCCAGGCCAGCCUCUCGCCCGUAGAAUGCCUACCGCCGAGAGUUUCCAGCGCAGAGAUUAACCCAGGAGAGCUAGUGUGAGAAUCGGCGGGGAGAUGUCGCUGUCGACGCUACUUCGCUACCUGGUGGAGGUGCCGAAAGGGUUGGGCAAGAUCGUUGGCUUCAGUUGUAUCCUCCCCUGCCUGACGAAGGCGCUGGGGGUCGAGCGAAUGCGAGAGAUAGCCGAGUCGAAGAUCGACCCCGAAAUGCCGUCGAAGGCGAGGGAGAAGAUGCUGUCGGCCUUGACCACGCCCAGCGAGGUCACGACGCUGAAGGAGAGGUCAAAGUUUAUCUGGGACAAUGCGCUGCGGGAGGCCAGGAUUCAGGCCGAGCUGGACAGGAUAGCACCAGAUCCUUCGGUGUUGAAACUCGAAGGACGGAGUACCUGUGGCCUCCUCGACGGCGCCUCUCCUUCGCGCCCGUUCGUCAUGAAUUUCGGGUCAUGCACGUGACCUACUUUCAUGGCCAGCUUGGAGCGGUUCCAUGAGAUGACCGAGGACUACUCCGAGCUGGCCGACUUCGCCCUCGUGUACAUCGCGGAGGCGCAUCCCAUUGAUGGGUAUUUUCUCAAGGACAACCUGCAGAUUCCGAGGCAUAAGACGCUGGAGGAGCGGUACAAGGCGGCGCAGCUGAUGUUGGACCAGCAGCCGCAGUCGUGCCCGGUGCUGGUGGACAGGCUCAGCGACGAGGCAAACAAGGCGUACGCAGCGAGUCCUGGGCGCUUGUACAUCGUGUUCGAGGGCACGGUGGUUUAUAAGGGGGGGCAGGGACCGCUGAGUUAUAAGAUAAACGAGGUGGAGUCUUGGCUGGAGGCGUUCAGGCAACACAAGCAGGUCAUGACAAUCUCAACGGUACAGAACGUAGAAGCCAGACACGACCUUCCCAACCCCGCUUAACGAAUUUCCACACAAAGCACAGCUAAAGGUCCCAACUAACUGCUGCUUCUACAAAUGCACCUAAUGUGUUGAUUCCCCCCCCCCCCCUCUUCUUGGUUUGUUAUUGUA